AUCAGUGACACCGCAGUUACCAAAUUUAUGUUGUCCCAUUUAUAUCGGGCGCAACCUCCAUGCUUCAGCCUUGUUUGUCUUUGACGUCGUGCCAAUGGCGCCACUCAACAUCCCUACCCUGCCUCUGGGUACCCAUUAACCUUUACAGUAUCUACCUAAAUAUAUCCCAAGCUCCAGUACUUACAUGGAAUCAAAAUACUCCACACGUGUCAGGACAUUGAUGAUGGAAAUGACCGGGACGAUGG